ACACAAACAACAGGGCCGAAAGAAAAAAUCUGAACCUGAUUGUCUAGUGGGAUUAGUUUUUGAUUUUAAUUUCAGUUUUGUAAAAAUAAAUAGAAAGUUGUAUAAAGUUAACAAUUGGUUAAUUAUUUUUAUCAUAAUUUUACUCCGUAUCGCUUCCUUUAAUACCGACAUAGAUUCUGCGAAAUCGGAAAGUAAUAUAGGAAUAAUCUACCAUACCAGUGCCAGUUACAAAUAUGAUAACGAAUAGUACAUUAUAAAUGGCUUUCAUACCUUAUUAAGUCGUUUUAAAAAAUUUUGGUACUUCGAAGUAACAGGUAGAUCAUAGUGCGAUUUAUCACAAGUUUGAAGUUUUUGGAAAUAUGCCUGCUGCUAGUUUUGGAGCGUUAGUAUCAAAUGUAAUAAAGGAAGAUUGUACAAUCAAAAAUGUUUGGAACCAUAACUUACAUGAAGAGUUUCAUGUUAUUAGACAGAUAGUUCAAAAAUACCACUGGGUCGCUAUGGAUACAGAGUUUCCAGGAGUUGUAGCCCGCCCCAUUGGCGAGUUCCGCUCAACUGCAGAUUACCAAUACCAACUUUUGAGGUGUAAUGUAGAUUUGUUGAGGAUAAUUCAACUUGGAUUGACAUUCAUGGAUGAAAGUGGCAAAACACCACCUGGAUGUACCACCUGGCAGUUCAAUUUUAAAUUUAACUUACAGGAGGACAUGUAUGCUCAAGAUUCAAUUGAUUUGUUGCAAAACUCUGGACUACAGUUUCGUGAGCAUGAGGAGCAUGGCAUUGAACCUUUGGAAUUUGCUGAACUUCUAAUGUCUUCGGGUAUAGUUCUUAUGGAUAAUAUCAACUGGUUAAGCUUCCAUUCAGGAUAUGAUUUUGGUUACCUACUAAAACUUCUGACCGACCAGAAUUUACCUCAAGAAGAAAACGAUUUCUUUGAUAGCCUAAGGCUAUAUUUUCCCACGGUUUAUGAUGUCAAAUAUUUAAUGAAGCUUUGCAAGAACUUAAAGGGCGGCCUGCAAGAAGUGGCAGAUCAGUUGGAGCUGCGGCGCGUGGGGCCCCAGCACCAGGCGGGCUCCGACUCGCAUCUCACUGGAAUGGCCUUCUUCAAAAUUAAAGAAAUCUUUUUCGAUGGUAACAUCGAAAGUACCAGUGGACAUCUUUAUGGGUUAGGAGCUCCAUUCUCCACGAGUGUGAAUAAUUUCCAAGACAACGGCGAAAGUGGAAACUCUUCUUGAUCCGGAGACUCGCUGUGUGUGACUAGCCUCACACCUCAACCGCGCGUUUUUCACAUCACAGAGUGAUUGAAUACAUGGCGAACUGAGACAGUGAAACAACUCAAUUUAUGAUUGCAAGUUAAUGCAAUUCACAAACAUGUUUAACAGUAUUAUGAUAAACAAUUAAAACAUUAUACAAUUUUUAGGAUACACUAUUGUCUAGUCCUAGGUACGAGUAAUUUAUACUAUUGCAUAAAAGGCAUUUGAUUUUUAAUAUGAUCUCAGUAAAGUACUUAUUUAAUACUUAUUGAAUAGAAAACUAAUUUCAAUUUAGAUCUUUAAAUAAACUAAUAUCUUGAAUUUUCAA